GCGCAAUAUCCAGUCUUAGCAGCUUGCCCUUAUCGGGGUAGACCCUGAACCACUUGACUCGGAGCGCCGACGGAGACGGUUCUUCAACCCAAUAUCGCAAUGGCUUCAGGUACGACUCUUUGAGUCAACCAGUGUAUGUCUUAAUUCUCAGGAACUUGUGGGACUGGCCAGACAAGAUGCCGUGACCCCACUAUCACGUUUUGGAAGGUAACCCAGUCCCGAGAUAGGUUCAGACUCCUGGAUAUUGCAGGAGGGCGAAUGCACCGUUGGUUGCUUUAACAAUCAGGAUGGGUGCUACACCAUAGACAUUAGCUCCGGACUGUCUCGGGCCAAGAACAAUUUGAUUCUGGUCCUGAAGUCAGCGCGUCGAGAAAAUGAAGAAGACGUAGUAUAAAUACCAGUUGAGGAUCGCGACAUUCACGCCAGAAUCAUCCAACGGCGCAUCAUCAAUCAUUCCCAUCCAGAUCAACACCAUCACAGAUCAAGAUGCGAGGCCUUCUUCUCGCUGGAGCUCUUGGGCUCCCUCUCUCUGUCCUUGCUCAUCCUACCCAUCAGUCCCAUACGCUGCAGCGUCGUAUUGUUGAUUUGAACAACUUCCGUCUGCACUCUGUGGCCAAAUAUAUCGAUUCGACCAAGUCGACGGGCGACGCUCCAUCCUCCUUCUCAGGGUUUGCGGCACAGAGCUACGUCGACACCGCAACUCAGCUGGUGAAGAAUAUUCUACCGGACGCAACCUUCCGUGUCAUCGAUGAUCAUUACGUUGGUUCUAACGGCGUCGCUCAUGUCAACUUCCGUCAGACAGCCCAUGGCCUGGAUAUCGACAAUGCGGACUUCAAUGUCAAUGUCGGAAAAGAUGGCAAGGUCUUCUCUUACGGCCACUCUUUCUACACUGGCAAGAUCCCUGAGGCCAGUCCUCUUACCAAGCGGGACUUCGCCGACCCUGUGGCUGCGCUGAGGGGAACCUCGGAGGCAUUGCAGCUUUCUAUCACCCUGGAUCAGGUCUCCGCCGAGGCUGCCGAAGAGAAAGAAUCUUUCCAUUUCAGGGGAGUAUCUGGUACUGUAUCCGACCCCAAGGCGCAAUUGGUCUACUUUGCCAAGCCCGAUGGAGAGCUUGCCUUGACCUGGAAGGUUGAGACAGAUAUUGACAGCAAUUGGCUGUUGACCUACAUCGAUGCCGCCUCCACCAAGGAUGUUCACGGUGUCGUCGACUAUGUUUCGGAGGCGGAUUACCAAGUAUUUGCAUGGGGUAUUAACGACCCGACAGAGGGCGAUCGGACCGUCAUCAGCGACCCUUGGGAUCCAACUGCCUCUGCCUUUACCUGGAUCAGUGAUGGAGAGAAUAACUACACCACCACUCGUGGUAAUAACGGUAUCGCACAAGACAACCCUACCGGUGGGUCAAGCUACCUGAAGAACUAUCGGCCUGAUAGCCCCGAACUGGUGUUCAAAUACCCAUACACAUCGGAAAUGUCUCCACCAAAGUCCUACAGGGAUGCGUCUAUUGUUCAGCUCUUCUAUACCGCGAACACAUAUCACGACUUGCUCUACACUCUAGGCUUUGACGAGAAGGCCGGUAACUUCCAGUGGAAUAACAAUGGUAAAGGUGGCAGGGGCCAGGACUACGUGAUCUUGAAUGCGCAGGACGGCUCCGGCACCAACAAUGCCAACUUCGCCACCCCCCCAGAUGGACAGCCAGGUCGCAUGCGCAUGUACACCUGGACCACCUCAACACCCAAUCGGGAUGGUUCCUUUGAAGCGGGUAUCGUCAUUCAUGAAUAUACCCACGGUGUCUCUAACCGACUUACGGGUGGACCAGCCAACUCCCGUUGUUUGAAUGCCCUCGAAUCCGGUGGGAUGGGUGAGGGCUGGGGUGACUUCAUGGCCACUGCCAUUCGUCUCAAGUCCGGCGAUACGCACUCCACUGAUUAUACCAUGGGUGAAUGGGCUGCGAACAAGAAGGGCGGAAUCCGCGCUUACCCUUACUCCACCUCCCUGUCCACCAACCCUUACACGUACACCAGUGUGAACAGCUUGAAUGCCGUGCAUGCCAUUGGUACUGUGUGGGCUACUAUGCUCUAUGAAGUGCUGUGGGCCUUGAUUGAUAAGCACGGCAAGAACGAUGGCCCUAGGCCUGAGUUCAAGGAUGGUGUUCCCACUGAUGGCAAGUAUCUUACCAUGAAGCUGGUGAUUGAUGGCAUGGCCUUGCAACCUUGCAACCCCAACUUUAUCCAGGCUCGUGAUGCCAUUCUUGAUGCUGACAAGGCCCUCACUGGUGGUGAUAACCAGUGUCAACUCUGGAGGGCGUUUGCCAAGCGUGGUUUGGGUGAGAAAGCAGAGUACCAUGCAACUGGUCGCGUUGAUAGCAAGGAUAUCCCUUCGGGCGUCUGCUAGACGAUGUGCAUACUGUAUUUACCUUUUGUUUUUAAUUCAGCGAUCAGAUACAGCAGUCGACAAGGUCGGAUAUUGG